AUGGGGGCCACAGACAGUGGGAGGCGCCAAUCUGCCGCGAGACCCGGGCAAACCGCACAGCAAGAGAACGGCAAGGUUACUGUGGGAGAACGGAGCCACGGCGGGCGACAAUUUGGUGCCACAUCGCCCCUGCUCGCCAAGGCAACCCCUGCAAGGAAGGCUGCCCCGGGCCCGGGCCCACAGGGUCAAGCUGGAGCAUCACUGCGCCCCAUGCAGGCUGGAAGAGAGUUGCACAGGUCCAACACAACCCAGCGGGUGCCGAGUGUGCCGAGUCCUACGAGCCAUGUACAGCUGAGGGCGUCAGAGGCUUCCAAUGCUGGUGGUGACCGCAGGAAGGAGCCCCUCCAGCAUCGCAGCGCGCCCGUCAGCGGAAGCCGGCGUGUCAAGCAGGUGCCGGGCCAGCCAUUGGGGCCCAAGGUCAUCAGUGAACCCUCCGAUAGGGACUGCCACUGCAGCUCGGCGCCCGAGCUGAACGGUCUUCGUGUUGAAGCUGACAGGGAUGAGGGCAAUAACUUCCCUACUUCUACACACGAACUGCCUGAAUUUGAUCAAAAUGGAUCCCAUUUGCAGGACCACCAAGAGGGAGCGGCCAUGCACGCCAGCAACUCAGAGUUGCUAUCGCCACUCUCAGGACCACAGGCCAAUCGGCACAGCAGCCUGUCCCCAACGGGGACAACGGGCUCCGAUCCAUCCUUGCCUGGGGAGGAACCUGGCAAGAAGUCUGGUAAGAGGCGAAAUAGGAGAAGGAGUUCGAAGAAAAGCCGCCCAAUUCCGUCAGGUGUCCCUGGUGCAGACUUUGUGGAUGCGCCCGCCCUACCACCGACAGCGUUUUCUCAAGGCUUGCGGCCUGAUCGCGGGGCCAGCAGCCCUGCACCCGGCGUGCAUGUGCACCAUCAACCAGAUGUGGGUCCCAGGAGGGUAGCGCCGUGUGAUGCCCAGCAGCACGAUGUUGAGAGCCAUGACAUGUCGUACGUGAGUGCGUGGCCAACAGGCUCGGCGCCUGCAGAGUUGUGGGGUGUCGGCGACGACAUGACUGCGUCAACAUUGGCCAACGCCAACAUGGCUGGAUUCGUUUCAGCAGCGAGCCCAAGGACCUCUCAGCAGCCUCAAGCUGCUUGUGUUCCCAUAGUGACAGAGAAAGAAAGUGGGGACGAUCAGGAAAUGCUGUCCAGACAGCCUCAGUCCCCUCAGGUGAAGGAUGCCUUGAAGGCGCUAUGCUCGGAUACGUUCCCAGGCAACGGCAUUAGGUUCUAUGAAUGUGGCAUCACAAACUUGGGGAACACGUGCUUUGUUGGCAGCGCACUCCAAUUGCUGCUGGCCAGCCGCCGCUUCUGCUGGCUGCUGAAGCAGCUCAGCAUUGUGUCUCACUGCCUCAACCCUCACAUGCUUCCCACACUCGUGGGGCUGGGAGAACUGGCAAAGGGGUUGACGGAGAGGGGAGGCCAACGGAAACCGCAGGCUGCAGCCCAGCAGGGAUGCCAUGGGUGGGCGUCUGGUCGAACCGCCAAACCUGUGAUGCCAAUCAUGCUCUCCACAGUUGUCAACAGGUUCCAGCAACGGCAUGCACAGUCCACCCUCGGGGGCCUGGCUGAGGAACACGAUGCUCAAGAGUUCCUCCUGUACCUGCUUGAACAGAUGGAAGUGGAGCUGCUGAAACUGAAGGAGGCUGUUCUUGUUGGACAGGGCAGCCCCUCUCCUAGGGAGAUUCAGCAGGAUGACGACGAUUGGGAGGUCGCCGGGCGCAAGGGCAAGUCAGCAACGAAACGCACGGCGGGCAGCCAGGCAGAAUCAAUGCUGUCUGCCAUCUUUGGUGGCUCUGUUCAGAGCGAAGUGAAGGCGUCAAAGAUGAAGCCAUCCAUCGUUGUGCAUCGGUUCACAGCACUGGAUCUGGACAUUGCACCAAAAAAGGUCAACACCAUUGAGGAUGCCCUGCAGCUCUACACUGAGCCCGACCAUUUGACUGACUAUAGGCCCACUGACACAAGCAAACCGCAGACUGCAACCAAAGCAAACCGGCUACGUGACCUCCCGCAAGUGCUUCUGGUUAGCUUGAAGAGGUACGCCUACACGGAGGAUGGACUCCAGAAGAUCCACAAACGGAUAGGUUUCGGCAGUAUGCUCACCAUACAGCGCCAAUGGCUUGCAGAAAGUAAGCCCAUUCGUGCCGAUUACAGGCUGGUGGCGACGUGCAGCCAUCAUGGGAGAGGUCACGGAGGGGACCACUACACAGCGAACGUCCUGCAGCCGGUCGGCAUGUGGCUGAACUUCAAUGACUCAGUCAUUAACCAGAUGCUGUGGCGGGACGUGGAGAAUGACGCGCCCUAUAUGCUUCUUUAUGAGAGGGCGUCUAAGUAG